AAUUUCCGCCGAUUUGCCCGAGCGGGAGACGGGGAAUCGUCAUGCUAGAUUACGGAGAGUGGUGCGGCUGCCCGAACACGGGCUUGGGCAAGUCUGGAGGUACCGUCCAGCCAUGAGCAUGACGCGCGUCCCAUACCCGAAGCUGCGCAUGUGCUAGUUUGAGCUCGCGGGAGCGGAGACUGGUCAAGGGCCUGGACUGAAGGGGAGGGGAAUGGGAUCUUCUGGGAUCUCGUGGAGCUUUGUUGCUGAUGUUCGAGGCAGGCAGGCAGGCGAGUGAGAGAGUGGUGAGGGGAGUGAUCGAGCAAGAGAUGGACGAUCGAUUAGGUCUCUGAACGGAAUCGAGGAAAUCGACCAACGGAACGAGUUGGAACUCGGAGGGAGCAGAAAGUCACUCUGACGUGAUUUUUUUAUAAUUCAGUAAAGUGGUUCUCGACUUGGUCCUUUCCCCGCAAGAGGUCUAACGCGGACGAAAAGUAAACAUCACUCGUAAAAUUCAUCACCGUUCCCCUCUUCUCCCUCUCUCCUUCUCCUCCACUCUCGCGCUCGCUGUCUCUCGUCUCUGCCUGCUCGAGUAGGGCAAUUCUGUUUUGGAUGUGCCGGGCCUCGGUUGGAUUUGAACAAAUCAAGCAGAGGAGGGAAGGAGAGCUGAGUCGUAGAGCCGAUCGCCGAGCACGUGCGCUCAUGCAAAAUGUCUCUCGAUAUGAAGUCUUUCAGGCAGGCGCUGGCCAAGACGGCAGCAGUGAUUGAGAAGACUGUGCAGAGUACGGUUCAGGAAGUAACGGGUCCCAAACCUCUACAGGAUUAUGAACUUCUAGACCAAGUAGGAUCUGGGGGUCCAGGACUGAUAUGGAAACUCUUCACGGGAAGACCAAGAAAUAAAGCCAUGCAGAUUCAUAAUCCGGAAGUUUGUGUAUGGGUUCUGGACAAGAAGUCGCUGAUUGAUCUGAGACUGAGAGCGGGCAUAUCGAAAGCUGCCGAGGAUGCGUUUUUGGAUAUCGUGAGAGCGGAUGCGGCACAGUUAAUGAGAUUGAGACACCCGGGAGUAGUUAGGGUGAUCCAAGGGCUUGAUGAAAGCAAGGGUGCAAUGGCUAUGGUAACGGAACCAAUUUUUGCAUCCGUAGCCAAUGUACUGGGUAGACUGGAGAAUGUAGGCAACACGCCAAAGGAAUUACAAAACCUGGAAUUGGGCCAGCUGGAAAUCAAGCAUGGCCUGCUGCAGCUUGCAGAGACACUUGGCUUUUUACACAAUAAUGCACACCUUAUUCAUCGGGCCAUAUCACCGGAGGCAGUUUACAUCACCUCUAGUGGAGCCUGGAAGUUGGCAGGUUUUGGUUUUGCUAUUAGUACAGAACAACGUGUGAACGACAGUCACGGUGGACCAGCCUUCCACUACCCGGAUUAUGACGUGGAGGAGAACGUGAUGCCUUUGCAACCUCUGCUGGAGUAUGCUGCACCAGAGCUCUCUCGUCCAGGGUCUGCGGCUCGAACAUCUACAGAUGUUUUUGGUCUUGCCUGUGUGGCAUUUCAUCUUAUCACACAACGUUCUCUUCUUCAAUGUAACAAUAACCUCAGAACAUACACUAAUACUCUCACAUAUCUAUCGAGUGAGAAUUUCGUUGGACUACCGUCAGAUUUGCUACAAGACCUGCGCCGAAUGCUAAACCCUGAUGAACUAGCAAGACCAAGCGCGAUGGAUUUCACAAGCUCGGCUUACUUCCGUAACGACACUCGAUUGCGUGCACUUCGGUUUCUUGAUCACAUGCUGGAGAGAGAUAAUAUGCAAAAAUCGGAUUUUCUGAAAGCACUAGGCGAAAUGUGGACAGGCUUUGAUGCACGUGUCCUCAGAUACAAGGUGCUGGUGCCUCUCUGUGCUGAGCUUCGUAAUGAAGUCAUGCAGCCUAUGGUGUUACCUAUGGUUCUCACCAUAGCUGAGUCUCAGGAUAAAAACGACUUCAUGCUAUCAACUUUGCCAUCUCUUCUUCCCGUACUUAGCUCAGCUCAUGGAGACACACUUUUGUUACUAGUUAAACAUGCAGGACUUCUGAUUAACAAGGUGGGACCAGAGGUGCUUGCAUCUAGUGUGCUGCCCAUGCUUGUCCGUGCAUACGAUGAUCCAGAUGCACGAAUGCAGGAAGAAGUCUUACGGCGUACCCUUUCCGUUACCAAACAGUUAGAUUUUCAGAUGCUGAAGGAUGCUAUUUUGCCGCGAGUUCAUGGACUCGCUCUCAAAACCACUGUUGCAGCUGUUCGAGUGAAUGCUCUUCUGUGUCUAGGAGAACUGGUUCAGCGUCUUGAUAAAGCAGCGGUUUUGGAGGUCCUGCAAACUCUGAAGCGAUGCACGGCUGUUGAUCACUCUGCUCCAACUUUGAUGUGUACUCUUGGUGUUGCCAGUGCGAUUUACAAGCAGUUUGGAAUCGAGUACUCGGCAGAACAUCUUCUCCCACUUUUGGGGCCACUGUUGGUUGCCCAGCAACUAAAUCUUCAUCAGUUCGCCAAGUACAUGCAUUUUGUGAAAGAAAUUUUAAGAAAAAUUGAAGAGAAGAGGGGCUUGACGGUCGUUGAGGCAGAACCUGUUACUUUGGAUGUGUCAACCAUGGCACUGGGGGCAGAGAAGUCUUCUGGAGACGAUCUCAAAACCAAGGUAAAUGGCACGCAUACAAACAAGUCCAGCGCCUGGGAUGCAGAAGACUGGGAAGCCAUGACGACGGUGAAAAGAUCUUCCAGCACUCCAGAUAUCCCUUCAAGCAACAGUACGGUCCCAAAUUCACAGCCUAUUUCUCACUCAACGUUGAAAACCUCAGAUUCUACUACUGCCGCCUUCCCUCCCAUCUCUUUGUCCACUUCAAUGGUCCCAGAGGUUCCCCUUAAAACCCUUUCCGACCCGGCUCCUUUUGAAUGGCCGCCCCGUCAAAUAGGUGUCUCUGGCCUUGGACCAAAGCCUGCAGCCGAAUCGAUUCCUGUGAAUACAAGUACUUAUGGAAGUACUAAUGCUGCGUCAUCAGACGACUUCGAUCCAUUUGCUGAUUGGCCUCCCCGCCCUGCCACAAAUGUGAACACUUCUGGAGGUUCAGCUGAAGUCAGCAGUAGUAGAGGGGAGCCAAUGAGAGCUAGCUGGUCCAGUGGUGUUGGCGGCCCUCCUAUGAAAGAUGUGACUCAGAGAAAUACAGUGACGAAUCUUAAUGAUUGGUCGAGUUCUACAGGUAUAAGUCCUACAAUCCAACAGAAUCAGCCAGAUUUCGGGGACUUCUUUGGUGGAAGUCAAACGCAACAAAAGUCAGAUGCUGCUCCGAAAAGACUGGCUCCUCCUCCACCCUCGGGGCUUGGUAAAGGUAGAGGUAGAAAUCCAAUUAGAGGUAUUGGUUCACCGAGAUCGAAGUCAGGUUCCAAAGACCAGCCGAACUUUCUGGACUUGCUCUGAAGGCCUUUGCUAUUUGAAGGCGGAAGGCUUCAACUUGUCAAAUUCCUGACUACGAACUACAAAUGUGUUUGUUUGACUUCGGAGCUCUCUCCAAUGUUUGUUGGAUCGAGGAGCAAUGACGUCUUCGAGGAGACCAAAUAAGAUGGCGAAUCGUAUAUAAUGCUGAAACUAAACCCAUCCAGUAUGUCAUAUUCUCCUACUGGGAUUGUAAUUGUAAGCAGAAGGUUUUAUUCCUCGUCCCGAUCUACCGAUUGGGAUCCGGGAUGCAAGUAGGUCAGGCCCCAAGACAAGGGAAGUUUCUCUUUGCAGUUAGUGACCUGGAAAGGGCGAGUUGAUGUCCGUAAUCCCAGUACUUCGAGCGGAAAGCCUAUUUCAGUCAAGAGAUUAUGUAAGAUGCCCCUAGACUUGAAGGGUCCCUAGGAGGCCACAUAUGGAGCUAGGUUGUAUGGCGAGGUAGGAUGGAUGGUGGUCAGUUCCUUCGACGCUUUAGAUUUAGUUGAUUAGAACAUUCUUUACACAAAACGAUCGUUGUAUUUUUUGUAACAUGAAAUCCACGAUUUGAGCUCUGUGUAUGCGUAUU